ACGUCGACGGUAAACAUGGCUGAUGUGGAGAACACAAACAGACAAGUCGAUAAGAAAAACAUGUCUUUUAAUAUUAGAGAGAAGCUAGAUAUCGGCGAAAAUAUGCCAAAAUUACGUCAUCAAGACACUUCGGAAAGUGGAAAGGGUACUGUCGAAACACGUACAACCUCGGAGUACUGUGAAAAGUUGCAGGGGUGGAUGUGGCAGUACCACACGGCAUAUGUGAACUGGCAAAGUUGGCUGGCAGUGUCUGCUUCUCCGUAUUUUGCACCGCAACCAAUGCAACCACUCACUGCACCCGUCUGGCCAGCGGAUUUCCCUAAUUUUGAUGCCCAGAACUGGUACAAUAAUCCAUUUGGACUCCCCUUAUCGACGUAUCCAACCGCCAUAUCCGCGGCUGGGAUUCCGCCUGGGGAAACGGCUGGGAGUGGUGCUGUGUCCACUUCAGUACCAGCGCAACAACAACCACAACAGAACGGCAACGCACAACGGCCAGGUCGAGAAUACAGUAUUCCCUCUCCUCUUCAAAGGUUCAUGGCUGAAAUGGUGGAUUUCUUCAUUCUCUUCUUCAUCAAAGCAACUAUUAUUCUCAGCAUCAUGCAUCUGAGUGGGAUGAAGGACAUUUCCAAGUUCGCCAUGCAUUUCAUUGUGGAGGAAAUAGAUGAAGACACGUCCAUGGAAGAACUCCAGAAGAUGAUGCUGGUUGCCCUGGUCUACCGGAUAUUAGUGUGUUUCUAUGAGAUUGUGUGUAUCUGGGGAGCAGGAGGCGCCACUCCAGGGAAGUUUCUCAUUGGUCUCAGAGUGAUCAGCUGUGAUUCCUCCAUCCUGGUUCAACCCAACCGGGUCCUCGUGGUGCCUGCCACCAACGUCACUCUCUCUGCAUCGACAGUCCGAGCCAUGAACAAAAACUUCUCCAUUGCCUUCUUGUUCCCAGCCUUCAUCACGGUCUUCUUCUUCCAACACAACAGGACUGUGUAUGACAUGGUGGCUGGCACUAUCGUUGUCAAGCGCACCGGAGCCAGAUGACCAUUCUGAUUGGUUAAGACCAAGCUAAAGCCUGGCUGGGACCUGGCUACUAUUUUAUUUAAAGAGGUACAUGUUGCUCUCAACCCUGCAGUACAGAGGAGGCUGGUGAGGGGAGGACGUCUCAUAAUAAUGGCUGGAGUGGAGUGAAUGGUAUCAAACGCAUGGAAACCAUAAAUUCCGUUCCAUCCAUUACAGUGAGUCCGUCCUCCGGUUGAAAGUGACACCACUACUCCAGCACUAAGGCAGCCUAGUGUCACUAGUCUGGGGAGACAACUGAACUGGGAACCACUCUGCAAAAACGAUGACGGGAGGCGAACGCUCUGCAUGAGCCUGGAGACAGGAAAUACACUAUGACAUCAUCAGUAUCUAGGUCCCUCUACACAGCUCUCGUUUGUGACGUCAGAGUUUUUAGAACCAUCUCUUGUUUCUCAACUACUGUACUCUGGUUGUUUUUCAGAGGAGGUAUACGUUAUACCCUUUCAGAUUUGUGCAAUGGUAGUAUGCAAAUUAGCACCCGAUCAGUUAGGAAGCACUGAGGAAAAGUUAUUAAAGUUUUAAUUUAAAUGCCUUUGCUUUUCAAAAUUAAUUAAAUGAAAAUCUAAUCUCUAGGAUGAGGAAGUGGAAGACGAGAGAGUAGUUAUUUAGUAGUUUUAGCCUAUCAGCAUAUUGAUGCAGUUUUAUCAUUUGUCUUAUUUUAAGAUAAGGUGGUAACAAUCCAACACUCCCAGAAUCACAACAUGCUAAUGGUUUGAUUGACAUUG